CCACCACUCCCGCUUCCUCUCUGCUCCAGACCAAAUUGUGUCCGUAUUGGGUUGGGGAUUCACCGGGCCGUGAUGGCGACGGUGAUGAGGAGAUCAGUAACAGCGCUUAGCCUGAUCCAGAGCUCCCUCGCGCCAAGCUCGAGGCUGGGACGCUGCCGAAUCCGUCGCGCUAUGUGCUCCGGCGCGUGGCAGGAGGGGGAAUCCGAGGCGGCGGUGCGCGACGUCGUGUGCUUCGGCUCCGGGAGCCUGGACGAGGUGGGAAGCAGGCUGGAUCGCCUGAACCUGGCCAUAUCGCCGGCCCUGGUCAGGCGGGUGAUCGAUUCUUGUAGCGAGAGGAGUGAUUCAGGCAGGAGGCUGCUGCGGUUCCUAUCGUGGUGCCGCUCUAAGGACCUCGCCGGAUUGGGGGAUGAGGAGCACGACAGGGCGAUUGCGGUGCUUGCCCGGAUGGGUGACCUCACCGCUAUGAAAAUUGCUGUCGGAGAUGGGGAGAAGGAUGGCCGUAGGAUGGCUCCGGAGACGUUCACCGCUGUGGUCGAGGCUCUUGUCAAGGCAGGGAAGGAGGAUGAGGCUGUUAGGUUGUUCAGAGGCUUGGAGAGGCAGAAAUUGCUGCCUCAGCAAGGCCCGGGUGCUGGAGGGGAAGGCAUAUGGUGCAGCAGCCUUGCCAUGGUCCAGACAUUGUGCAUGAAGGGCUAUGCUCGUGAGGCGCAGGGUGUUGUGUGGCACCAUAAGAGCAAACUCUCAGCGGAGCCCAUGGUCAGCAUCGUUCAGCGUAGCCUCCUCCAUGGAUGGUGCGUCCAUGGAAAUGCUAAGGAAGCUCGGAGAGUCCUUGAUGAUAUCAAGUCCUCAGGCUGCCCAUUGGGAUUGCCGUCGUUCAACGACUUUCUAAACUGCGUGUGCAAUAGAAACCUCAAGUUUAAUCCUUCUGCGCUUGUUUCUGAGGCCAUGGAUAUCUUAACUGAGAUGAGGUCCUAUGGUGUCACCCCUGAUUCAUCCAGCUUCAACAUCUUACUGUCUUGUUUGGGACGAGCAAGAAGAGUGAAAGAAGCAUACAGAAUCCUCUAUUUGAUGAGGGAAGGAGAAGAAGGGUGCUCACCUGACUGGGUUAGCUACUAUCUUGUAGUUAAGGUCCUCUAUUUGACCGAUAGAAUUAUCAGAGGAAAAAGGCUUGUAGAAGAUAUGCUUGAAAGUGGGGUGCUUCCGACAGCAAAGUUUUUCCAUGACCUCAUUGGCAUCCUUUGUGGGACAGAGAAAGUUGAUCAUGCUCUUGACAUGUUCAGAAUUAUGAAAAGUUGUGAGUUAGCGGACACUCAUACAUAUGAUCUGCUUAUAGAAAAGCUUUCUAGGAACGGUAGGUUCGAGGUUGCAAAGGAGUUAUGGGAUGAUGCUACUAAGAAUGGCAUUGUGUUAGGGUGCUCAUCGGAUCUGUUGGAUCCCUUGAAGACAGAAGUAUUCAGACCAGUUCGUCCUGCACAAAGACAGACCUCUCAGAACUCCUCCUUAAUCCUUAUGUCGAAGUUCUCUAUCAUAAAGUAUACUGUUAUGAUUAGUUUUUUUUUCUGUUUUAAGCGCACAUCGAACUUUAUGGACAUAUCUCAGGAGCAACAACAAGAUUUUGGUGUGCUACUAAAGCAGGGGGCUGAAGGAAGGGUAUUUGUUUCUACAUUUGUUGGACGAAAAUGCGUAAUCAAAGAGCGCUUUUCAAAGAAGUACCGUCACCCAUUGCUGGACUCAAAGCUGACUCUAAAACGCUUAAAUGCUGAAGCUAGAUGCAUGACAAAAGCGAGGCGGCUUGGUGUUCCUACACCAGUUCUGUAUGCUGUGGACCCUCUUCAACAUACAUUAACCUUUGAGUAUGUGGAUGGCUUGUGCGUCAAAGAUAUUCUUCUUGGAUUUGGGUCAAAUGGGAUAAAUGAAGAACGUCUUAAUGACAUUGCCACACAGAUAGGUAAUGCAGUUGGCAAACUACACGAUGGAGGUCUUGUCCAUGGUGAUUUGACAACUUCAAAUAUGAUGAUCAAGAACAGCACCAAUCAACUGGUUCUUAUUGAUUUUGGUCUGAGCUUUACAUCAACUAUUCCCGAGGACAAGGCAGUGGACCUAUAUGUUCUUGAGAGAGCCUUGAUUUCCAUGCAUUCUUCAUGUGGGGAUGUGAUGGAGAAGAUCCUUGCAGCGUACCGAAAAGCUUCAAGGCAGUGGUGUGCCACUACGAACAAGCUAGCUCAAGUCAGGCAGCGGGGCAGAAAACGAACAAUGGUUGGGUAAAACUUGACCCGGAGUUGCUGAAUGCGACGAAUUGAACCUGCAUUACCAUCCAUUGUGUGUGUUAGUUUGCAUGUAGCGGUUCAGCGGAAUUGGCUCUUGCAGAAUUGAAAUGGAUGUCAACGUGUCAAGUGAAUCAUUUGUAACACUGCUUGUUGUACUUCCGUUAGGAAUCAUAUAUCUCCCAACUCUUUAACUUGUGAGUUUUGGAUGAUCGUUGUGCAUCUUUGUGAACCUGUACGUUUACUUUGUUGCGGUGCAUCUGGUUGAAAUGUGAAUUGAUGUAAUUUACUGAAA